GUGCAACCUGACGACAUCGGCGACAUGGCCGGAGAAUCGGGUCCAAUAUCAGCUCCGCUUCCUAUCAAUAUGACAAUAGCUGGUUUCUUCAGCAUUGCCUGCUACAACUGCAUCGAGAUUCUUAUUAUUCUGCUCGACCGGUUCAAAAGGCACAAUAGUCUAUAUUUCUGGAGCAUGCUGGUCACCACCCUAGGAAUCCUCCUCCACUCCAUCGUCGUACUCCUCCGCUAUUACGGCUUGGGGCCCAACUUCAUGCUCGCCGUCCUCACUUGCAUUGGCUGGUACGGUAUGGUCACCGGUUUUUCGGUCGUCCUCUACUCGCGCCUCCACCUAGUCGUGUCGGACGAGUCUCGGACCCGCUGGGUGCUGAUCAUGAUUAUCAUCAGCUUCUGCAUCUUCCACGUCCCCGUCACAGUUCUGUUUCUGGGCACCAACACUCGCCUCACUGAGGUAUUCAUCGGGCCAUUUCAUAUUUACGAGCGCGUCCAGCUUGCAGGGUUUUGCGUCCAGGAGUGUAUUAUCUCGGGGUUUUAUAUCCUCGAGACUAUUCGCACACUCAAGCCAAUCCUCGCCAUCAGGUUACCCAAAGAGCGCAAAAUGACUAGAUACCUCAUCCUUGUUAAUAUUCUAGUCAUUAUCCUCGACAUCAGCCUGCUCUUCACCCAGUACGCAGGGUAUUUCCAGAUCCAGACGACGUACAAGCCCGUCGUCUAUAGUAUCAAGCUGAAGAUGGAAUUUGUCCUCCUCAAUAGGCUCCUUCGCGUCCUGCAGCUCGGCGGCUACGACCACUGGCGCUUUUUGGACGGAGGUAGUAUCGAGCCUGUGGGGUCCGGCCAAGAUGGAAUGCAGCUGCAGCGAAUUCCCGACCUUAUAGAGCGCCCUUCAUCAGCUGGAGUGCCCAGACGUGAUGCCUAG